AUGGUUAUCCGCAAGAUAUCUUCGGCUUACACGCUGUUCCCCGAAGCUUCAGGCAUCGAUCUUUCUACUGGUAUUUCUACCGAUCAUAUGGCUAACAUUCUUGGGUUUCAACAGAAAGCAGUACAGUCAUCCUUUGGGGCCAUGAGAAACCCCUCAACCGCCUCAACAAUAUCUUCUCACAGUACCUCAAACUCAUCGAGGCAGACUUCUAAUGGCAGCUUUUCAAGCAGCAUGGGUCCUGGCCACAUCCGAUCUCAAUCAACACAUUACGGACGACCUCCGCCAUCGUUCAGUCAGUCAACAAGAACACGGCCGCCGAACGCAACCAAAGCACGAUCAAAUACAGCCAUGAGUAAUCGUUCAGAUGAAUCGUGGGCAACAAACCCGGAGAGACGAGAUGGUAUGCUACGAGAAAGCACACGCUGUGCUUCAUUUCUUUUAUCUCAAAAUCCUGCAGUCUUACAGAACAAUAAGCUGCGACAUACGCAAUCAGUCUCUUCAUUGAGGUCUCACAGCACAAGGUGCAAUACAAGAGACAGUUCCAUCGCUACGGCAUUACAAAAAAUGCACAUCGAUGAAAACAACUGUUACUAUUCAACAAACAAUCAAGCAGCUGGCAGCAAGUUACUGCUCCCGCCGAGAUUAUCUUACAGGGGCCCAGACAGCUCUGGGUCCGGGGAUUCGUGGUCGCAAAGUUUCAACCAAGCUGUCGUACUGUGGGAAGAUCCCGGCGAUGGCUUGGUUGCUCCGCAAACCCCUUCUCAUAUUCCCAUUCCUAAGACUAGGCAUGGAAAUAUCAGACGAGCUCCUAUCACUCCAUCAAGUCCUUCCAAAGCGUCCCCAAUGAAAAGUACUUAUUUAACAAAAGACUCUGACAUAGCUGCUCCAACAGAUUGGGACACCAAAGCGAAACUCGAUGAGGUGAUGGCUUGCUAUCAUAAAAUCAGAGAGGACUCUUCGAAGACUACUGCUCUGGAACAAGCAGUUCCUGUCUAUAAAGAGAAAAUAAUGGUUCUUGAACUCGACCAACAACGGCUGACGUCCGCCAAUAAGUCCUUAACUACCGACUUGGAUGCAAUGCGUGAGAAGUCUGUGAUUCUUGAGAAGAGACUCUUUAAUCUCACCACUAGUCUCGACGACCAGAUUAGAGCUCACCGGUUAGAGAUUGACGACAAGGAUCGAGCCCUCCGGAAUGAGGUCGAAAAGCUCCGUCGAGACAACACUGACGAAAUGGACCGCGUGCUUCGAAAUCAUCGCGAUGAGAUACGGGAAGCUGAGAGACGGGCAGCGCUCGAAAUUGAUGAUAAGAUCCGAGAUAUCGAGAGGAAGGCGGAAGAAAAACUUGGGGAAGAGAGAAACAGAAGACUUCGGGAAGUUCAGGAGCUCGAGGAGCAUAUCGCCAAAGGUGAUCAGAAUAAAAAUUUAGCUUUGGAGGACAAGAGUCAAGAGAUUCAAAAUCUUCGAAACGAGCUCGAAAAUCUGAAGGCAGCGCUGGAGAAGGAACAACAGAAGAAGGGUGACGCCGAGAAGAGCUUAGCAGACUUAUCUGAACAAAUGAGGAGGACGGGAAUCGAUACAACGUCCACCAUCACAAGCUUAGAAGCAACUGUGGCAAGCCUCCGCGCUCGUAUCCACUUCCUUGAGUCCGGCAGUAAGGCACAAUCCGACAGCUUUGCCGAUAUGGAGUCGCGACUUCAGGAUGCUAUGAGAUCUGCGGAAGAGUCGAAAGCAAAACUCAUCAAAGAAGAAACGCUUCGUAGAAUUCUGUUCAACCAGGUCCAAGAGCUCAAAGGAAACAUUCGCGUCAUGUGCAGAGUACGACCGGUUCCAAGUAAUAAUUCGGAAGGAGAAGUCGCCCAGGUCAAGUUUCCAGACAUCGACAAAGAGUCAAAGGAACUUGAGAUCAUGGGCAAAGAAGAGAAGAGCAGUCUCGGUACAGUUACCAGAAAGACGCACGCCUUUUCAUUUGACAGAGUUUUUGGGCCUAAUACUCAAAAUGAAGAGGUAUUUGGCGAGAUAUCUCAGCUCGUACAGAGCGCUCUUGAUGGAUAUAAUGUUUGUAUAUUUUGUUACGGUCAAACAGGAUCAGGGAAAACUCACACGAUGUCCUCGGCUGACGGCAUGAUUCCUCGUGCUACACAUCAAAUCUACGAAACCGCAGAAAAUCUGAAGGACAAAGGAUGGACAUACACGAUGGAAGGCAGCUUCGUUGAGGUUUACAACGAAGAGAUACACGACUUACUAGGCUCUUCCAAGGACAUGGAUAAAAAGAAGCACGAGAUUCGACAUGAUGAUCAGAAGAAGCAGACUAUUGUCACUGGCCUUAAGACCGUCACCCUCACUUCAGCAGAUACCGUGGAGUCCAUUCUGAAGCAGGCUGCCAACAACCGCAGCGUAGCGGCAACGAAAUCUAAUGAACGUUCUUCUAGAUCUCAUUCUGUUUUCAUCUUGAAGCUCAUUGGCAGAAAUAGCACAACAAACGAGACUUCUGAAGGCACGUUAAACCUGGUUGAUUUGGCUGGAUCAGAGAGACUGAAGCAAUCUGGUGCUGAGGGUGAUCGAAUGAAGGAAACACAGAAUAUCAACAAGAGCUUGAGCUGUCUUGGCGAUGUCAUCGGGGCGCUCGGCCAGGGCAAAGAGGGUGCUCACAUUCCUUAUCGCAAUUCAAAGUUGACUUAUCUGCUUCAAUAUUCGCUUGGAGGCAAUUCGAAGACACUGAUGUUUGUCAUGGCAAGUCCAUUGCAAGAACACGUUAGCGAGACUUUGACGAGUUUGAAAUUUGCCACAAAGGUUCAUAACACACAUAUUGGAACGGCAAAGAGAUCUACAAAAGUUCGUGACCGAAAUAGCGAGUAA